UCAUUGAUUUAGUUAACCUAUACUUUACAGAAUAAAUACUAAAAAAUUACCAUAUGUACUAAAAAAAUUUACAUGCAUAAAAUAUUAUAAAUAUAUUGAAUAUUAUUUAAAAAAAACGCUAUUAUGAUAGCUAAAAUACUUCGAACAGUAUAUACUGGUGCACAAACUCUGACAUCUUCCAGAAUGAAUUUACUAAGUACUGCUGAAGCUACUUUGCAGUUAACUGCUUUACAAGAACGUUGUAUUCUUGUUGAUUCAUAUGAUAAAUCUAUUGGUGAUGCUACAAAAAAAGAAUGUCAUAUUGUUAAUCCUGAUGGACAAGUUUUACUUCAUCGAGCAUUUAGCGUCUUUUUAUUUAAUGAUAAAGGAGAAUUAUUACUUCAAAAAAGAUCUGCUACUAAGAUAACAUUUCCAAAUCAUUAUACAAAUACAUGUUGUAGUCAUCCAUUAUUUGAAAUUUCUGGAGAAACUGAAGAACAUGAUGCGAUUGGAAUUCGUAGAGCAGCACGAAGAAGACUCAAUUAUGAAUUAGGAAUUCCUUUGUCACAAAUAUCGAUAUCAGAUUUUGUAUAUUUAACAAGAAUUCAUUAUUUUGCAGUGGAAAAUGAAUGGGGUGAACAUGAAAUAGAUUAUGUAUUAUUUAUACAAAAAAACAAUUUAAAAUUAGAUCCAAAUCCAGACGAAAUAAGUGAACUUUGUUGGGUAUCACAAUCAGAUAUUACCAAUUUUGUAAAAAAUCUUAAUGCUCCAUUAACUCCUUGGUUUAAAUUGAUACUCGAACGUAAAUUGCCAGAAUGGUGGAAUAAUUUGCAUUCAUUAAAAAAAUUACAAGAUCAUAAUACAAUACAAAGAUUUGUAUAAAUUCUUAAAAUUAAAAUUUUGAUGAAAU